GUCGGGUCCUUUCGGCCGAGCCGUCGCAGCCGGCGCCCGCCCCGGCCCAUCAUGUACUACAAGUUCAGCAGCUUCGCGCAGCGCCUCGUCGGGGCCACGGCGGCCGCUGCCUACAGCCCACAGGGUCUCAAACCAUUAGCUCCCACUGAAUCCCCACAUCCAAUUUUUGGGACAAGUAAACCUGCUCCAGGUUUACCAGCAUCUCAUCCUUCCUUGAGUACAAACAAGGUGCCAGACCUACAGAAAAUUUUUCAGAGAUCAGAUGGGCUGCCAGUACACCUGAAGCGAGGAUAUCCAGAUAGGAUGCUCUAUCGGACCACAAUGGCUCUGACAAUAGGAGGGACUAUCUACUGUCUGAUAGCACUAUACAUUGCCUCACAACCAAAAAACCAAAAAUAAAUGAACCACACCUCAUGGGACUCUCAGCACUCCUCUGAAGGAUAUCCUGCAUGUACCACUUCGCACUUGAAUCUGUUCCCUAUGAUCACAUAGGGUUCAUUAUUCAGAUCGGAUUUCUUGGAGAAAAUGUUUUUAAAUCGGUUGCCUUAUGUAUUCUAAAACACCAAUAUAAACAGAGAAAUACAUUAUUUUAA